GGCUUUCCUAAGCAAGAGCAAUGGCCGCCGCUGCUGCUCCUCCACCUCCACCCUCCGCAGCCCCUGACCCAACUUUCUCCGCCACAUUGCCGGAAAAUCCCGUUGGAAACCCAAUUUUCGUCAGAAUCCGACUAGCCUGCAAUAACGACGUCCCACACAUACACAAGCUCAUCCACCAAAUGGCAGUGUUCGAGCGCCUCACCCACCUUUUCUCCGCCACGGAAGCCUCCCUCUCCGCUACCCUCUUCAAUUCCCUCCCCUUCCAAUCCUUCACCGUCCUGAUCCUCGAAGUCUCCCAAGUCCCUUUCUUGCAGGACCAACACCAGAACAACCCUCUCUAUCCUCCGGUCGUCCGCAUCAUCAACCUCGACGCUCCGAUCAACGACCCAGAAGCCGAAACCUUCCGAUCGGGGGCAGAUGUCGUGGUUGCUGGGUUCGUUUUGUUUUUCCCCAACUACUCGACCUUCUUGGCGAAGCCGGGGUUCUACAUAGAGGACAUAUUUGUGAGAGAGUGUUACAGGAGAAAAGGCAUGGGAAGGAUGUUGCUGUCUGCAGUGGCGUCGCAGGCUGUGAAGAUGGGGUACGGGAGGGUUGAGUGGUGCGUGUUGGACUGGAAUAUGAACGCCAUCAAGUUCUAUGAGGAGAUGGGUGCAGAAGUGUUGCAGGAAUGGAGGAUUUGCAGGUUGGCUGGUGAGGCUCUGCAGGCUUAUCGAGAUUAGGGUACCUUUAUUAUUAGAUUUUCAUUUCCAUCCACACAUCUUCAUGACUUCAUACCAUUUUGAGACCAGAAUGGUUUGAAAAAAAAAACAAAUUAUUGGGUUUUCAUUUGCGAAAUUAGGGCUAGGGUUCUAGUGUUGUUUUUGGUUGGUAGUAUAAUUGAUCUGGGGUCUGUUCUCCUUAUCAGAAAUGGAAUGUACCCCAAUCUCCCCUCUUUGAUAUGAUCUCUUCUUUGGUUGAAUGAUAUUGGAAAUAUUUCAUUCUGCUAAAAAAAAUCCCACUUGAGAAUGAUUAGAGUGAAUGAUGGAGAUCUAUAGCUUUUUCAUGGUGUGUUGCAAGUAUGAGAACAAAACAAAUGCUGGUUUCAAUAUGAACAUUAUUCAUAUUGAUUCAUUGGGUACUUGAUUUGUACUAUCCUUUUACUAGGCAAUGUGAAGGGUUAAAUUCACUUU